ACGGAGGACUUCCUGUCCAGCUUGCUUGAGGGAGAAAACAACAUGGCCACCUCCUGUCUCUCCCACUCUCCACUGGGCAACGAUAGCGACAUCUCUGACGACAGCAGCACUGGCGGCAUGGUCGGCCAGAACUUCCUGGCCUGCCCCAGCUCCCAGGGGAGUGACAGUGACCCUGCGCCCAGCCCAGGGUACUCCAACAAUCCCCUGAUGCUCCAGGCUGAGAACACUGAGGCCCUGAACGUGCAGACAGACCACAGCUACUCUCUGUUCCAGGGAGAGGACAUGGAUGCUCUCCAGAGCAUGAGGGCAGAGAAGCCUGACAUGGAUGUCUUUAUUGAUCUGGAUGACCUGGACAGUGAGGGGAUGGAAAUGGAACAGGAUUAUUCCAGUGAAGAACUACCCUGCACUCUCUCCAUAGAGGACGCUACACAGGACAACAAAGCGGAUCUGUUCCAGUUCAAGGAGAUCGUCCUGACUGAUGAGGAAAAGAGACUUCUUGCUAAAGAAGGAGCAACCAUACCGUCUUGCAUGCCUCUUACUAAGACUGAGGAGAGGACACUGAAGAGGGUGAGGAGGAAGAUCCGAAACAAGCAGUCAGCCCAGGAGAGUAGGAAGAAGAAUAAGGUGUACGUGGACGGCCUGGAGAACAGGGUUUCCAUCUGCACUGCUCACAACCAGGAUCUGCAGAAGAAGGUCCAACUGCUGCAGAAACAAAACAUGUCUCUGAUAGAGCAGCUGAGGAAACUACAGUCCAUGAUGAAGAUGUCUACCAUGAAGACAACCACCACCAGCACCUGUGUCAUGGUGUUCCUGCUGUCUUUCUGCCUGAUCAUCUUCCCCUCUGUCAACCCAUUUGGCCGCAGCCCUGGACAGAAGGAGAUAUACACCCCCUCCUCUGUUGUCUCCAGGACCCUGCGCUCUGUUGCUGUUGAUGACACCCCAGACCCUCUACCCCUGGCUUACUCUGAGCCUGGGGAGGAAGUGGAUGACGCUGAGCCUCCCCCUCUCAGUUUCCUCCUAGUGGCCAAGGUAGAGAACACCAAGGCCGUGUUCACUGGCGGCCAGAACCACACACCAGACUACCAGAAGGUGGAGCAGUCUGAUUCUGAGAGUGAGUUCAACAGCAACUCGUCUGCAGACUUCCCCAAUCCUGGACAGGCCAAGCUGAAGCCAGGGCCGAACCCGGGGCUGGGGGCCUGCAGGAGGGAUCCAGUGGGAACGCCUGUGGCCUAUGAGGUUCCAGGGACCAAGGAGAACUGGAUCGACAGGAAGCCAACAUCCAUCAUUAUACAGCAACACCGCUCGGACGAGAUGUAAACAGAAGAGCCGGUGGUGAAUGAACUAACUAAUGGAGGGAGAGGGUUAAUCAAAGGUUUCAGUCAUUAUUGAUAGUGUUCAUUGAAACUUGGUGGAUGAAGAGAAAAGGGUAUUGGGACGUUUUGUUAUUCCAGUAUCCUCUGUCUCUACCUGUUCCUUCUCCUCGUGAUACUACUGUUCCUCUUGGAGCACUUUGUUCUAAUGCCUUGUUCAAGUG